AUGUAUGUUAUCAUACUACUUUUAUUCUCUUGUUCAAUUAUCAAUAUUGAAUGCAUUAAAAUUGGAUCAUUUAACAUACAAGUGUUUGGACAGAAUAAAGUUUCUAAAAAGGAUGUUUUAUCAAUACUCGUUAAGAUAUUAUCCCGAUAUGAUUUAAUUGUAGUGCAAGAAAUUCGUGAUGCUAAGAAUACAGCAUUCAGACAUCUUGUAGAUGAAUUAAACAGAUAUACUAAUGGAAAUUACAAGUUUGUAAUAAGUGAGAAAUUAGGUCGAACAAAUUCAAAAGAACAAUAUGGUGUAAUUUAUAAACCGAAUUUAAUCACAAUUGGAAAGAUGGUAACAUUUCACAAUAAAGAGAAUCUAUUUGAGAGACCACCAAUGGCUGUAGAAGUACAUACAACUAGUUCAGCGAUUUCAAUGUUCGCUUUAGUUGUAGUACAUUUGGAUCCAGAUAGUGUCUUUGAAGAAGUAAAUAAUCUAUACACUUUUGUUAAGAAUAUUAUCAAAGUCUGGCGUACACAGAAUGUUCUUAUUCUCGGAGAUAUGAACGCGGAUUGUGGUUAUCUAUCGAAAAAGAAAAUGAAACAGAUACAUUUACGUACAGACACAGAAUUCGUUUGGGCUAUUCCAGAUCGUCAUGAUACAACUUUGGGCAAAGGUAAUUGUGCCUAUGAUAGAAUAAUUAUACAUGGGAAAGAAUUGAAACAAGCUGUCAAACAAGGAAGUGCAAAAGCUUAUCAUUUUCCAAGUGAUCUACGAAUUGAUGAUAAAUUGGCGAAACAAGUCAGUGAUCACUAUCCAGUUGAACUGGAGUUGUAUUAGACUAAUCAAUCUCUUCUUGAAUUUCAAAACUGUUUUAUUAAUGUUUAC